GACACGGUGCGACGUGACACGGUGCGACGAGGUCCGGACCAGUGCGUCUCACUCCUUUUGUUCAGGACGGUUCGUUCCGGUGCAAGGCGGCGAGGUGGUCGAUCGAGGCCCCUCGACGAACGGUGGUGCGGCGCGGCACGGCGCGGCGCGACGCGGCAUAGCCGCCACGCGACGUGGUGAACCUCGUGAUCGAGGAUUCGGAAAGCUUUCGAGCCUCCCUCUUCGGCCACCCGGUGAGUCUAAGUCACUCCUGGUGACAGCGCGCGAUUCUCGCGUGGCAACCGCAUCUUCGGCAUCUCAUCUCGCGUCCGACACGCCGACAGCCAGUUCGCGCCACCGAUGUCGUGAUUCACGAAAGGGUAAUUGUCGCGAUGUCGCCCGCGUUUCCGCCGGCGUCGAAAAUUCUAUCGUCGAGAUGCGCGAGGACGUGCUCCGCCUCUUCCAGGGCAUGCGGACCGGAAGACACGCCAAUGAAACUAGAGAGAAAGAGGGAGAGGGAUGGAGGGUAUGUCGAGGAACCAGGCGCCGAGCGGGCUCACCCAUCAGGAACUGUUAACGCGCACGGCACACAUUGUGUAGAGCUCGAAACAGAUAUCAAGAUGGGUACGACGAACGCACAAACUAAUUCGGGGCACGCACAUGACGAAGUUCACCCGAGGGGAGGUUCGAUCGACGCGUUCUUCGCCGAGACGGUGAUCCUUUUAACCGGCGCCACCGGCUUCUUAGGAAAAGCUCUUCUGGAAAAGCUGCUGCGCUCGUGUCCCCAAGUGGCCACAAUUUUCGUUCUGAUCCGUCCAAAAAAGGACCAGUCCGUCGAGCAACGUUUUCAAGAACUACUGAACAAUCCCGUUUUCGACAGGAUACGAUCGGAGUUUCCGGGCACCUUGAACAAAAUCUUCCCUGUGAAAGGUGACGUAGGCCUGCCGGAGCUGGGGCUCCAGCCUGAAGACAGAGAUAUGUUGAUACAGCGAGUUAAUAUCGUGUUCCAUAGCGCGGCCACCGUGCGCUUUAACGAGUCGCUGAAGAUAGCCGUUAAUCUGAACACGAUGGGCACCGAUCGUAUGUUGGACUUGUGCAGGCGCAUGACAAACCUUAUUAGCGUCAUUCACGUCAGCACGGCCUACAGUAAUGCCGACCGACGGGAUAUUGAAGAAUCGAUAUACAUCACGGAGGUGAGGCCGUACACGGUAGUCGAUAUGUGUGAAAAUUUGGACGACGAGACGAUAGGAAUAAUAGAGAAGAGACUGAUUGGCAAACAUCCGAAUACGUAUACGUUGACCAAAGGAUUGGCGGAACAGAUCGUAAUGUCUAAGGGAAGCGGCCUACCGAUCGCAAUUGUACGACCGAGUAUAGUCUGUGCCGCGUACCAAGAGCCAUUUCCAGGAUGGAUAGAUAAUACUUGCGGUAUUACAGGUAUAAUGACGGAGAUCGGAAGAGGUACCGUUAGAAGUAUCGUGUGUAACGCAAAAUUAGUGGUAGACGUUGUACCUGUCGAUUUUGUUGUCAAUACAUUGAUCUGCGCAUCUUGGCACAAUGCCAUGCAACGUACUGACACGAUAAAGAUUUACAAUUGUACCAGCAGUACAGUAAAUCCGAUUACAUGGGGCGAAUUUGGAUACCUCGUGAGGAAACACGCCAUAGAAUCUCCAUCGAAAUACGUGAUGUGGUAUCCAGGUUUCACAUUUAGGACAAACAAAUUUAUUCACUCUAUCAUAGUGGCCACGUUGCACUUUUUGCCUGCAUUUAUCGUAGAUCUUAUACUGAGGGUUCAAGGUUGCAAACCCAUGAUGGUGAAGGUGGCCAAACGGUUCGAGCGCGCCGCCAAAACCGGGGAGUUCUUCGCGAUGAACGAGUGGAAAUUUUAUUCGGGUAACAUGACGAAACUGGUGAAAUUUGUAAGAGCGUCGGAAGAUUGUGAUAAGUUUGAUGUAGAUAUUAGAAACGUGGAUUGGGACAUGUACUUGCAUCAGUACAUGUUAGGAAUCCGAAAAUAUAUCUUGAAGGACAAUCUAGAUACGUUAAACAACGCCCGAAAUCGAUUAUCGAGGUUGUACUGGAUGCAUAAGUUUACCAAAAUACUCAGUAUAUUCGCGUUAUUAGGAUUAAUCAAAUGCGCCGGUCGGUGAUGCCAUCGAGAAUCUGAAUCGCGACACGCGCGAUCCGAGAAACGCCGCAGAAAUAUCGUGAAAAGAAAUAUCAUGAGAAAGAGACAUGACUCACGCUUUAUCUCUCGAAGACUAAGAUCUUUAUCAAGUACUAAUAUACUAAUUAAAUCAAAUAUUAACGAGAGGGAGAGGAGGUAUUUUGAAAAAUAUUCGGAUGCAGGAUCCUACGGAUAUUAUAGAACUUUUGUUUAAGACCUUUUUCUUCGUAUAUAUGUAACUUCACACUUUCCGCAAUAUUAAAUUAGCUUCGCAGAGCUGUUUCGACCUCCUAACGUAUGAUUGACACGUAUAUACAAAAAAAAAAUACGUGUCGAUUUUCAGCUGUUCAAUAUAUUCAGAGUACGUGUUCGAGAUGAUAGAAUUUAGAGACAAGGACUUUGAGCAAACGCUUCUUUGUAAAUCCGCAUCGAAACAUCUCUUCUGCCAAUAGUUACCAUGUUAUUGCAUCAAUCAAAACAUAGUAAUGUGUAUUUUAAACAAUUAAAUGCAAAGUAUUUUUAAUGGUAUAUAUCAGAAAAAUGUAGAUUCUUCAUCAUAUACUGAAUAAUCACUAUGUUUUGUAUUUAAAUUGUUGCGAUCCGACCCUUAUAAUGUUAAAAUAUUAAUUGUAAGAUAAAAAUCACAUCUCCGAGCGCUCACAGACCAAAUGUAUCGAGCGUGUCAUGUUACAUAUGCAUAUGCGAGCUAAACUACGCAUAGUACAAUACGAAUAAUCGAAGUUCUUAAAUAUAAUAUCGUUACUUGCGAAGACUGACUUUAAUCAAAUAUACUAAAACGAUAUAUUAAAAAAAAAAAAGAGAAGACCUACACUAUUGCCUUAUUAAUUAUUAUCAAUAUCAAAAAGAAAAUUAUUUUUGCUAAUCCAUCAGAUAUUCUAAUUGCCAUAAUUAAACCAAUAAAUUGUAUUAAACCAAUAUUCGUAUUACCCUCAGGAACGAAUAAAUUUGUUCGUAGUAAGAAUGAAAAAGCUGAAAUAUUUUUUAAAUGCUCAUGUUACGUGAGAAAUGAUUAUCGUUUAUCCUUUUGUGCGAAACCGAACGAGGAAUUAUAGACAUCUAUGAUACAGCUAUUACGAGCUUUGUUAUAAUUCGUAUCAACUAAUUAUGCUAACAAAUUGGUUCAUGCACGAGAAACUAAGCAAAUUUUCUCAAAAAAUACGGGGACAUAAAUGCAUCGUAUGUAUAUCUACAAUAUGGCGAAUAAAUAUGAAUACAUUUGCAUUUCACAUAUAUAUGUUUGUAGUUUGAUUUCUAUGUGGAAUAUUAAUGUACGAGAUAUUUUAGAAAUAUCGAUCUUUCGUAUGUAGUUUAUGUAUUGCGUUAGUAGACAAAUCAUUGUUGGUUGAAAAAAGACUUUAUUCGUUCGCAAAAUAUGGCAUUGUAUAAAUAUAACGUAAUGAUUUUUGUUAAUUCUCGAGACGAAUAUUCAACGCAUAUACAUAAGCAUAUUCCUGAGCGUAUAAGCUUUCAAGUAAGUACCUAAAUUACUUUUCUUUGCGCGUAAUAACAUAUCGUAGGUAAGCAUAGACAAUGGAAUACAUCCUUAUUAAGUAAUGUCUACUACUAAAACUAUGUUUUAUAUAUACUUUAAUGUGUAUAUUGUAUAUUGUUAUCAUGUAUCAAACUUGUACAAGACUUGUAAUUACAUAAAACAUAUUUGUAAUUAA